GGCCUUUGUGUGAAGGCGGGGAGGACUUGGCUCGGUUAGGCUGCUGAUUAGCAACAAACAGAAGGUUACGAGUUUAAAAAAUUGGACUAUUUGGCCCCCAGACUGGUUUUGCGGCAACGGGAGCGGCAUGAACUAUGUCGGGUGUUUAAGUGGAGCUUGUUGGGCCGCUUUUGAGAGGACCCGGCAGUGAUUUUUCAACAUUUCUGGCUGAUAGCGGAGGCAACCUCGCUUUUAGGUCGUUGAAGUGGCGAUGCUGAGCUGAUAGCUGCGUCAUCAUGUUGCUUCCGACUCGAGUUGGCGAAAAGAAAUCUCAAGUUAACGCCAGCGGUGAGCCUGCCUGCCGUCAUCCAGCCCCGGAGGCCACUCCCGGCCCCUGAAAUAGAUGGAAGACGGACUGCUGGUGAGCGGUGAGCGGUGAAGCCUGUUUACGUGGUCGCCGUCAAAGUGGUGACUUUACAUCAGUUGGCUCGGCGUUGUUGGCGCCAGACUCUCCUGGGCUGUAUGUAUUAUCUAACCGCACUUGGAUGGACGGGGAAACAUUUCUGUUGAUGCUGCGCAGCGUUACAAAAAAAACCCCUGCACAAUUCUUCUGAGGUACUGACAAAUAUUUCCCGAACAUAAAGUGCGAACAUAUGAAUAUUUUAGGGAUGUUAGCUACUACUGUUUGGAUAGUGAGAAGUGAAGCCCUCACUGACAGCUAGGGUACAAAGCAGAACCCUCCAGUGAAAUGCUGCUGACUCCCAUCUGAUGGUCUCCUGUCGAGGAAAACAAGGUUUUAUAAGCCAUAAUGAGAGACCUCACGGUUCGUUUUAGCCAAGUGGCUUUGUAGCCGUCCAUUAAGGGUAUGUCAGGCUGUUAGCAGGGUGUCAAGAGAGUGUUUGUCGGGACUUAUUGUUGGGUCGGUGGUCUGUUGUCUGCUGUCACCGUAUCCACGUGGACUUUGUUUCAGGUCGGUGGGUAAAAGUUUGGCACGCAGCUCCCCCGCCGCGAGGGGAAGGGGCGAGCAGGAGACAGAGCUGACUGUUUACUCACCGCAGAGAGGAAGAAGCUGUGGUUCCCUCAGCUCGGACAAAGUUAGACUUCACUUCAAAAACCGGUUAAAAUGGCCGGCGACUGCACCCACACCAGCGAUCAUUACGCGAACGCGGAGACGUUUUGUCCGUCCAAACCCUGGUCGGAUGUAGAUGGAGAGAUGGAGUCAGCCGGGAUCUCCAAAGGGCGUGGGCCCCCCGCCCGAUGCUCGCCAAACUUUGAGAUGAUAGACGGGCUGCUGUACCGCAAGAAGCUGGAGAGGGGCUUCAUCAACUACCGGGAGGUUCUGGAUGAGGACCGGAGGCAUGAGGCCAUCUCCACCUUUCACCGGCGGCGGCGGGCUGGUCAGGGCCACCUCUCCCUGGAGGAGACCUACAAAUGUGUGGCUGAAAACUACUGGUGGGAAGGGAUGUACUUCCAGAUCCGAGAUUUUGUCCUGAGCUGUCCAGACUGUCAGAGUCAGCGCACCAAGAAAACAGAGGAGCUGGGCGGCAGAAGAUGUGUCACAAAGACUAUGGCGUCACACGGCGCCGACAUGCUGAGCAAGCUGAGGAGUCAGCGGGAGGCGGGGCUGUUCUGUGACAUCACCCUGCGCACGAACGGACAACCUUACUUGGCCCACAGAGCUGUUCUGGCCGCCGUCAGCGAUCACUUCCAGGAAAUCUUCACAGAAAUGGACUCGAACAUGAAAGAAGAUAUAGAUCUCACUGGUUUUAGAGAGGAGAGCCUUCUGUCGCUGCUGGAUUUCUCCUACUCCUCCACUCUGUGUGUUCAUCAGGAGGACCUACCUGAAGUCAUUGCCAUGGCCCGCCACCUGGGCAUGUGGCCUGCAGUGGAAGCCUGCUCCGCUCUAAUGAAAGAGCAGGAACAGCAACUCAAUCCUGGCAAAGGUUUCACCUCAGCCUCUGCUGGUGCAUUUCAUGAGCAUCACCGCUACCAGAGGGAAAGCAGACGAGAAAGAGUUUUUGGAUUGCAGGAAAAUAUGAACAAAAGCUUCACUCUGACUUUAGAUGUAUCGGAUGAGUCUAUAGAAGACAGUCCAAGGCGCAAUUUGCGCAGGAUGCCGAAGUCCCAAUGCCAUAACGGCCUCCCUCUAAGUCCCUCAAACAGGAUGAAGCUCAUGGACUUCAAGUCUCCCUCUUCAAAGAAAGCUGCUACACCUAGACAUGCCAUUGCCACCCCACGGUCACAGAAUUACCCGGCCACGUCACCAUCGAAUACCCGUCUCCUCCGCUCCACUCCAGGGGCUGCCAAGGAGGUACAGAGAUUGCUUCCCAUGCCAGAGACCCCUCGACGAAACAAAAAACCUCACCCAAUCAGCCGGCUCUCAUGCAGCUCUAGAUUGAGGCCUGGCACUGUUUGCAGUCCUGUGAGGGUGAAGCAGGAAGUAGAGGAGGUUACAGAGGAUGAGCUGGAUUACGCGAGAGCACAAGAGAAGUACAAACUGAUGAGUGUUCUUGGGUUACAGAGGACUGCCCUCCUUCCCAGACCAGAAGAUUUGAUCGGCUGGAGACAAAAGAAACGACUGAGGAAACUAAAGGCUAACAACUAUUCACUGACCAAGCGGCGGAAACCACGUUCCACUUCCCCAGUGCUGCCAUUUGGAAAGGUAACGCUGGCACUUCCUCUCUGUAACCCCAUCAACACUCGCCUCCUCAACAAGUCAGUGAAGACCAACCCUGUCAUUUCAGUCGGCACGGUGCAGACAACAAAGAAGUCAAGGACUGUCCCUCGACUUGUCCCUCCAAGUGACAGGAGCAUGCGUAGUAAAGGUGUGUUACCAGAUAUAUUCUCGCCAUCCUUUGGGGGAAGGGAACUCAGACGCUCAGUGAGGAUGGGUGACAGCGCCCGCCUUCCUAUCCAGCAGCCUCUGCGACGCAACACCAACAAAAAUCUAGUGAGAAACACCAUCAGGAUCAAAUCAGAACCAGUUGAAUACUCUAUCUCAGGUCCCCAUCUUCCAUCAAACAAUCACCAUGGCCACAUGCUUAACAAAUCCCCUCCCACACAGAGGACACAGGACAGAAAUAAAAUCACUGUAGAGACAGUCAGAACGCUGCGCUACAACAGUGGUCGACCAGCAGCAAAGGCCAAGCUUAGACGCGGCUCCACAAGGGAGGUGGAGAAGACAAAGUGUAAACCCAGAGAGGAUGGGAGGAAGGUUGGAAGUCAGGGGCUGAGAGGAGUCAUAGACUCUAGGCCGAAGGUGAAGGUUAAUGAACCCAGUGGGCUCCAGUUUUCAGAACAAGCACCGCCUCCAUCCAUCUACAGCCACCCUCUGUACAAAGUCAUCAAAAAGGAGCCAGCAGAUCCCGUGCCAGUUGGUGGACCUUUCUCUGACCCUCCCUCACCAGACCUGGGCAAGCGCCAGAGCAAACCCCCCAUUAAAUUACUGGACUCAGGCUUUCUGUUCAGCUUCUGUCGGCCAGCAGGGGGGGCGAUGGCAGUACUGAAAAAAGAGGAGGAGAGUGUUGAUAUCUGCUUAACGCGCUCCGUGUCACAAGUUGGGCAGCAAUUUGGAGCGGAUGAGUCCCCCCACAGGGCACUGAGAGCCAGAGGGCCGCCCACCCUGCCUGUGGUGAAGAGGGAAAGGGAGGAGAGGAGUGUGAGCCAAAGCAAGGUUCAGAGGCCCAGGCCAAAGUCCCGAAACAACACUCUUCACCUGGCCAAAUCUGCCGGGCCAAAGGCCACACGGUCCAUGCCAAAGCAACAAGGUAAACUAUCUUUGAGGAGUAGGAGCUGUGUCAAGCUGGAUGCUGUACAUCGGGCAAGGCUAAAGCAGCUUCGAGGGCCUCGUAGUCAAGCCCCCAAAGUUCCAAAGGCGGCCCAUGCCUGUCUUCAGUGCUCAGCCUCCUACAAGGACUGUGAUGCUCUAAUCAUGCAUCGCCUCAGGCACGUGGAGGGCAAGCACUGGCCAUGUCCGCUCUGCAGUAAGACGUUCUUUCGACUGAGGAAUGUCCGGAGCCACAUCCGCACCCACGACCCCAAGUUGUACAAAUGCCGGAGCUGCAUUAUUGCUGGUUCUUGAGGCAGCUGGAGAGUCUGCUCAAGCAGCGACAAUUAAGGUGAAGGCUGUCAGCGUGGGACCCCAGCGAACAGACUGAAGCCAGAGGCACAUGAUCGAUCAGCAGCUUGUACAUAAUGCAUCCGUCACACACAAGCACAACGGGCUGUGGAAAGGCAUAAUUACUCUGAUUCUAAUCAUUGCCCUCGUCAGUGAUUGCUAAUGUAAUUUAAAUAACCAAACCGAGGUUGCUGGUCCUGUUUGCUUCUCCAUAGCUACAGAAGGUUAAACUUGAACAUUACACUCAGGGGGCGGGGAAUGUGAUGCCACGGUAUAAAGUGAUUUAACGUCACGGUUGUGUAUAAAAUGAAAUGUAAAGUGAUUGUUAACUAUUACUGCUACUUACUGUUAUCAUUAUUUUUCUAUGUAUAGAUGACUUUUGAGUGCACUUAUAUCAUGGCUUAUGUUGUAAACCUAAGAAGUGGUAUUUGAAAUUGAAGGUUUCCACGGAGGGAAUACUUGAAGUGAUGCAAGCGCUGGAGGGAAUACUUGAAGUUGGAGGGAGUCUUAGGAGAGAGACUGUCCUUUGGGUGUUUCGGUGGCUCUUUGUUCUUUGGUGUGCUAACUUUUCAACAACUUGACUAGUCUGUCCCUCCUCCUGUAUUGAUCUGCUCAUCUCUCAUGGUCCCCGAGUCUGGGAUUUGACUCUGGUGACGCCACUGCAUGUAUAUCUGCAGGCUGUUUGUAGUCCAGUGUCUUUUCUAAGGCUGCCAAUUUUGAAAAGGGAAACAUGUCUCGUUCUUAAUGUGAAUUUCUGAAUAUUAAUCAACACAGCUGUGUCAUUACAGAUGUUUUAUUGAUUUCCUCUUCCGAUUGAAUCCAAGACACUCGGUAGUCUUGUUCUACUUCGAAUUCCCCUCCUACUGAGUAAAUGCAAUGUGUUCACAGGAAGAGAUGUUUAUGUUUCACAAAUUGAUUUUAGAAAUAAAUGAGCAGUUCUCGCUAUCUGUUAAAAGACUGAAUAAAUUUUUGCUUUUUA